GUGUUCAUUGUUCACACAGUCCGUCGCCAGUCCCGCAAAACUAGACGGCUGUGGCCCGUGCGUAUGAGGAUGGCAUUAGUGUAAUUACAGGAUAGAACAAAGGUCAGUUUGAGAAAGUCAACGCCUUAAAUCCUCGUCUCCGCUUUCGAAGUUGUUUUUUCUGUUUCCCUUCCGUCUGCUCCAUCUCUCUCUCUCUCUCUCUCUCUCUCUCUCACACACACACAAUAUUCAUGGACGAGAAGCCUGUGUCAUUCGAAUCAAACCUGAACGAAGAAGACGAGAGCAGCAAUGUACAGAGCAGCAAUAACCAUGGAUGGCAAAAGGUCACAUACGCCAAACGCCAGAGAAAGCCCUCGUUGGCGACCGGCAAGCCCCGUCCAAAUGGGGCCCUUCCCGUUGGCGACGCCCCCAACGUGUUUGGGCAGCUCGAGCAGCGAUCGGAGGACCGACGCCGGCGUGUUCUAGAAGCUCAGAAGGCAUCCUUUGCGGCCGAACCUCCGGCCAGAACGAAGCAGCGGUCAGACGAUGGAGAUGAUAGCGAUGACGAGGCCGCCGCUGGCCGUGCUGGGAAUGGUAAGGUUGAUGAGUCGAAGAAAUUGAAGCCAAAGAAGCCGAAGAGGCCAAAGAUCACGGUCGGUGAGGCGGCAUCGAAGAUUGAUGCGGUUGAUCUGGCGGCAUUUCUCGCUGAUGCAUCGGCAUCGUAUGGGAAGCAGCCAGACAUUCAGCUUAUGCGGUUCGCCGAUUACUUUGGUCGCGCGUUUUCAGCUGUGAGUUCGUCUCAAUUUCCGUGGACAAAAAUGUUUAGGGAGUCUCCGGUUGCCAAGAUUGUGGACGUCCCCAUUUCUCAUAUUUCUGAAACUGUUUAUAAGACAUCAGUUGACUGGAUCAACCAGUGCUCGCUUGAGGCACUUAGUUCCUUUGUAUUAUGGUCGUUAGACAGUAUCCUUGCGGACUUAGCAAUCCACCAGGCUGUUGCUAAAGGCUCUAAGAAGGGUGUGCAACAGGCAUCAUCAAAAUCUCAGGUUGCAAUAUUUGUAGUUCUAGCUAUGGUUUUGAGGCGAAAACCUGAUGUGCUAGUUGGUCUGUACCCAACAUUGAAGGGAAACUUAAAGUAUCAAGGACAAGAUAAGCUUCCAGUUAUGAUAUGGAUGAUAGCUCAGGCCUGUCAAGGGGACCUGGCUGUAGGGUUGUUCUCAUGGGCGCAUAACCUCUUGCCUAUUGUUGGUGGCAAAGCAAGUUGUAGUCCACAGUCCAGAGAUUUAGUUUUGCAGUUAAUUGAGAGAAUUUUGUCUGCUCCAAAAGCUCGUACUAUUUUGGUCAAUGGGGCUGUUAGGAAGGGGGAGCGUUUGAUGCCACCUUCUUCAUUUGAGAUACUGAUGCGAGUUACCUUCCCUGCAUCAUCAGCACGAGUGAAGGCAACUGAAAGGUUUGAGGCCAUUUACCCCACCCUGAAGGAAGUCUUGCUUGCUUGCUCCCCUGGAAGCAAAGCAACGAAACAACUAUCCCAACAGCUAUUGAGUUUUUCUGUCAAAGCAGCAGGGGAAGGCGUCCCUGAAUUAUCCAAAGAAGCAGCUUGCAUUUUUAUGUGGUGUUUGACUCAAAAUCCUGAUUGUUACAAGCAGUGGGAUAAGAUUUAUUUGGAUAAUUUAGAAGCAAGUGUUGCUAUUCUGAGAAAGCUUACUGAGGAGUGGAAGGAGCAAUCUGUUAAACAGGCCUCCCUUGACUUUUUGAGGGAAACUCUCAAGAGUUUCAGACACAAGAAUGAGAACGCUCUGGAUGGUGAAGAGGAUGCUGCUCACCAACAGCUCUUCAAGGAGGCAGACAAGUAUUGUAAGGUCAUGUUGGGCAGGUUGUCACGGGGCCAUAGGUGCAUGAAGGGCGUGGGCUAUGCCGCCCUUGCGGUAGCUGUGGGAGCCCUGCUCCAGCUCCUUUCUCCGGAGAUGGAAUCUUGGGACUGGGACAAACUAUCUGUACUGUUCAGCUCCCGUAACUCCUUCUGAGCCUGCUGUACUAGUGAAGUUUGUCGAGUCGUCCUCUAGUGGUGCCUAGGCAAAGUAAUCAAUAUUUUUUCAGAAGACAAAAUGAUCAAUAGGAUAAAGUGGCAGAGAAGUAUUUGUUUGUAUACUUUUGGUGAGUUCCAUGGGAACACUAGUAAGGGAGUCAAAAAGUGUGUGAGAUUUUCGAUUCAGCUUUUUGGAUUGUAGGGCUGACGUGAUUUUCCAGUUGCUUUUAUUAGUGGUAGCCUGGUAGAUUAUUUCCAAGUUAUUCACCUCCCAACAUCUACAACUGCAAAUCUGAUACUAUAGAGGGAUGGAUCCAAUUGUAUUUUGGUAAAAAAUGUUAAUUGAUGAGAAAAGUAUUUUGAC